AUGGAAAAGAUUGAACAAUUAAAAUUAUCACCAAAGCAGUUACAAAGUGCAGAAAAACUACAUUAUUCGUGGUAUCUUUCGGCAACAAAUGCCUUACUGGGUGCUGUAGCCAGAGAAAUCUAUCUUCGAAUGAAUAAGCAAAAUCGAAGAGCGUUUAUCAAAUGCCUGAAUCGCAUCGAGAAAGAUAUUGAUAUAACAGCUGGUGCAAAAUGCAUUACUGCUGCUCUCGACAAUCGGUUGUUAAAAAAAUCAUCAUACGACAAAGUGUCCACAGAUACGAAGUCAAUUAGUUUUGUACAAGAAGAAAAACCACGUGAAGAGAAGAACAUUUUAAGUAGGACAUCCGUCCCUAAGUUCUAUAGCAAAAUUUCCAAAUACAGAAGGUUUAAUGACUGGUCAAAUGCUAUAAAACCAAUUAAAUACAAGGAAAAGCUGCGAAAAUCUAAAGUGAAAGUAAUUAAGCAGAAAAGAAAAUUGACAAAACGGCAUAAUACGUUUCGACUUGACGGACAGGUCAAAGAAUUGAUGGAAGAAUCUCGACGCCUUGACAAACUGGACAACAAUUUGAAAAUAAUCAAAAUGGACAAAAUGCCAGACUUAAUCGACCCUCAUGACGAAUUUAUGCGUAUGGCAAAAUCGCCAAUUUGGACAACUUCGAAAAUGCUUACCAAUUUUUUCCGCGCCUUCAGCAGUAAAAAACCACUACGUAUAGGACCUUGGAAAGAAACUUAUAAAAAACUUGAGGAAGUACAAGAUAUGAUCGAAGACUCGGCUUACAAAGCUAGAUACCGUCAUCGGAUGCUCGACAUAGUGCUCGGCGACAACAACCCAUACCGAAAAAGGAUACCCAUAGCUGAACGAAUUCAAGGCUACUUUCCAGAAAGUAUUCAAAAGUCGCCACUAAUGAAGAAUCUUUUAAAUUUCUUAGACGCUUUUUCUAAACACAACAACGAUGAAUCCUACAAAAUUUUGUCGCCACGUUUCAUCCCUGUCGUCCCCGACAAAAAGCAUACAAAGCACGCUCUCUCUCCAAGCUUCUUUCCAAUGUAUAACGAUGACUCACCAAAUAGCAUCUUGCCGAUUCCCAAAGUCUUAAAGGCCACUGGUAUGUCAGAUGAUGAUCGAGACGCAGUACUGGAGCUUAUUAUGCAAACUACGGGAGCACGUAAUUUGGUUGACGAAACUUUGGACGUCAUGGAAAAAGCAAAAAAACUUGGUUUAGCAGACGACAUUACCAACAUCACUGUUUUCAUCCAAAAACUUUUCACCAAAGUAGAGAAAACUUUUAAUAAACGGCAAAAGAGAGAAAUUAAUAGUCGGAAAUACACGUUCAUGACCAAAGAGCAGCUACUGAUGUUUUUUGGACCUGAAGGUACGUUAUUAGAUCAGGUUAUGCACGAUAAAACUUCACCUACUGACAUUUUUCGUCGUCGACCUCCCACUGAUAAUAUGGCACAGUCAACUAACACCCUUUUAGCUUGGCUUGAUACAGCUCUUUUUACUGGCCUGAUAAACAGGCUUGAAGGUUUCAGCGUUUCGCGAGGUUUAUACAAUACGACAAAAUUUCCGUUUAACAUUGAUGACUACGCAAAAUGGACUGAAGUUGACAGGAAGAAAGCUCUGAUCAACAAAAUCAGGAUUUUAGCCGGCGAAACCGAAGAACAGAAAGAAGCAACACACAAAAGGCGCAAGAGACAUACAACCUUGUCUCCAUUUGCCUUUUCUCCUUCAGUUUUAAAUUUCGCCAUUUUGGCACCAGUAACACUAUCGCCAAGUAUAUUUUCGCCGAGCAUAUUAAAUCCGUACAUGCUUAGUCCACCAGUUCUUUCACCACAGAUUGGAAAUCCUAUGAUUUUUUCGCCCUACUUCUUAGGGCCUAAUACAAUGUCAGCCGCUAUAUUCAAUGUCUAUGUUUUUACACCUUAUGUUUUGUCUCCGAACGUUAUGAACCCAUACAUCAUGUCGCCGUUGAUUCUCAGUCCAUUCGUUCUAUCUCCGGAUCUGUUGUCGCCAACAAUUCUUUGUGGUGGAAUUCUGAGCCCAGCAAUCCUGUCACCGUCGGUGUUAUCGCCCACAGCUUUUUCUGCUCAAGUUUUAUCUCCUUCUGUACUAUCCUGA